AUGUUGAAGUUCCCCAUUUUUGAGAUCAUCAACAUGGCCAUGUCCUUCACUGCGAUCAGCGCCGGCUUGAGCGGCACCAUCAGCGGGUUCCUGUUCUGCACGGCUAUGCUGCCCGUCACCAACUACCGGUUCCGCAAGAGCAUGGGGUGGGAGAUCAAGCCUGCUCUCCUCUACCAGGCCUACGUGCCCACCGUCGUCCGCGACAUUCUCUAUGGCUGGGCCCGUGGCUUCGUGGGCGUGGCCUUGGCCAAGGUGUUCCAGCCGCAGACUUUCCUCCAGGAUGCCUUCGUGUUCGCAUUUGUCAUCUGGGCUGCCUGCAUCAUCUCCUCGCCCUGCAACGAGUGGCGCGGCUACACGCUGCAGCCGAAAGACAAGAAGCUGUCCUUCGGUGAGUACUUCAAGCCGGUGAACUAUGCACGCUCCACUGGCAUCGGUGCAACGAUCAUGGGCAUCUCCCUGUUCGUCGGCCGAUUGGUCACCCCCUUUGCGGAGACGGCCUUUGCCUACUUGAAGGGUCACCCAGUCGUGGGCGCCGUGAUCCUGGCCGCGUGCAUCGGCGGCUUCAAGCUCAUCUCUGGCGGAGAGGAGGAGGAGGAAACGAAGGCAGAGGAACCUGAGCCAGCGACCGAGGAGAAGUGA